AUGAAUUCUGAAAUUACAGCUCUGGAGGAGAACAACACUUGGUCCUUAGUUCCAUUGCUAGCUGGUCAUCAUCCGAUUGGAUGCAAAUGGGUUUUCAAUAUUAAAUACAAUUCUGACGGUUCCAUUGAGAGAUAUAAAGCUCGCUUGGUCGCCAAAGGAUUCACCCAACGUGAAGGCAUCGAUUAUACUGAGACAUUUGCUCAUGUUGCUAAGCUUAUCACCGUCCACUGUCUUCUAACUAUUGCAUCUAUCCACAAUGGGCCACUUCAUCAGAUGGACGUGCACAAUGCUUUUCUUCAUGGCGACCUUCAUGAAGAAGUCUACAUGCUUCCACCGCCGAGGUAUCGACGACAGGGGGAGCACACUGUGUGUCGUCUUCACAAAUCCUUAUAUGGUCUUAAACAGGCGUCUCGAAGCUGGUUUCGUAAGUUUUCAUCUGCUAUACAGAAUAUUGGUUUCUUUCAAUCCAAAGCAUAUUAUUCUAUGUUUACACAAACACAUGGUAAAUCUUUCACUGUUAUAUUGUUAUACGUUGACGAUAUGAUAAUCACUGGAAAUGAUGAUGAUGCCAUACGAGACCUUAAACAUUUUCUCAGCACCUGUUUCCAAAUCAAAGACCUUGGACCUUUAAAGUACUUUAUUGGAGUUGAAAUUGCACGGUCCAAGUAUAGCAUUUCUUUUUGUCAACGGAAGUAUACAUUAGACAUCUUGGAAGAUGCAGGCUUACUUGGUGCUGAGCCUGAAAAAAUUCCUAUAGAAGCCAAUGUUGCCCUCAUGCCUACAGGGAGUGACCCUCUUAAAGACCUACUUGUUAUCGAAGACUUAUUGGGAAAAUUAAUCUAUCUGACAAUAACAAGACCAGAAAUCACAUAUGCACACGUCGACUUCUUCACUACCUCAAAGGAGCUCCUGGCCAAGGGUCACUCAUAUCAUGGAAAAGCAAGAAGCAGGUUAUUGUCUCAAGGUCGUUUGCAGAAGCUGAGUACCUCUCCAUGGCAGCCACCACUUGUGAACUUACUUGGUUGCGAUACCUCUUACAGGACCUACAAGUGGAGCAUCGCCAACCAGCCACCUUACUUUGUGACAACAAGGCAACACUCCACAUUGCAACCAACCCUGUUUAUCAUGAACGGACCAAGCACAUUGAAUUGGAUUGCCAUACUGUUCGUGAGAGAAUUCAAAAUGGAGAAAUCCAGACAGCUCAUGUGCAAACAAACACAUCAAGUUGCUGAUAUUUUCACUAAGCUGCAGCCUGCACCGUUGUUCCAAUCCUAUCUUGGCAAGUUGGGUGUAGACAUUCACACUCCAACUUGA